AUGUCCGAUCGAGCCCUCCAGCACCGCCGCGUGCACAACCUUCUCCUGAUCCAGAAGCUGCUCGCGUCCAGAGACGCGUCGUCCCCGUUUACGCUGGUGUUGGAUUCGGUAGAGCAGUCUGCGGGGCCGCUGGUGCGGCAUUAUAUCCAUCAUGCAAAGGCGUCGAAGAUGGAUGUGGUUUUUGUUUCGUAUGAGAGCUUGAAGCCACCGGCGGAUGUUACUGCUUUGAUUAAAGCGCGGGGGAAGGAUCCUUCUGCGGUGAGAAAGGAGAUUGAAAGGUGUGUUUCGAGCUCGAGACGCACACUCCUGAUCCUCGACUCCCUCUACCCCCUCACCACGCACCCUUCCCUCCCCCUCUCAUCCUUCCUUUCCUCACUCCCUUCCCCCACCACUUCUCUCCUAGCAAUCUACCACACCGACGUCCCCUUACCCUCUCCCUCCCUUUCCCUCACCACCACCACCACCAGUAGCAUAUACACCCCCUCCCCCUUGACCCUCCUCCGCUACCUCGCAACCACAGUCCUCACCACCCACAGCUUCUCGCAGAUGCUCGCCCGCAAACGCGCCAAGGAGAAAAGCAGGCCGGAUCCGCUGUUCGGAACCGACGAGGGCAAGGAGGGCGUGCUGGUGGGCGUGGGCGCGAAUGACAAACGGGCUUGCGUCGUCGAGAUGGAACAUAGACGGAAAUCGGGCAGGGGGGUCGAGGAGUGGUUUUUCCUGCCGGAGGUGAAUGGGAGUGGGGGCGUUGUGCUGCUGGAGGACCAGGAGCUCUAUCGGCGGUCCGAUGACCGUGAGGGGAGGUCGGACGGGGUGGAGGCUCGGGUGGAGCUGGCGACGUUUGAAUUGGGCUUGACGGCGAAGCAGAGGAGGGAUCGGGAGGGUGUGGUGUUGCCGUAUUUCGAUGCGCAGAAGGGGGCAGGGGGCGGCGGGGGGAGGAUCUUGUAUGAUAUGGGCGUUGAGGAUGAUUUCGAUGAGGAGGAGGAUGAAAUUUGA